CACUGCCCCGCCUCGGGGCCCUGCGGCGGCGGCGCCCGCACCCGAGCCCGCUGCUGCGGGAGCCCCGCUGACGCCGUCGGAGCGAGCGAGUGAGCGAGCGCCGGGACACGCGUCUCGGCGGAGCGGAGCGGAGCCCGCGGCUGCCCCGCACGUGCUGCUCCUGCCCCGCACGUGCUGUGCCCCCGGCCCCGGCCGAGUGCGGCGCCCGGGACGCGCUAGAGCGCCAGCUGCCUGAGCCGGGCCGGGGCGCAGGCAGGGGCGAGACGAGCCCGGGCCGUGGCAGCGGGACCCUCCCUGCCUUCCCUGCGAGGGCGCCGCCGGUCCCGGGGCCGCGCUGGGGCGGCUGCGGCUCCGCAUCGCACGUGCUUGGAUUUGCUUCUGCCGGGAAGCCCGGGGCGGCCCCGCACCCGCCCAUGGCCUCGGGGGACAAGAUGCGCCCUGGCCCUGGCCCCGGCCUCCGCGCCCUUCUCUGCUGUCUCUGCGCGCUGCUCGCCCACGCCCAGGCUAAGAUUAUGGUGCCCAGCUCAGAGCCCUUGGAACCCUCCCCACCCUGGGUGGCCAUAACGCUGCCUGUGAGCUACCGCCUCUCCAAUACCCGUCUGGCUUUCUUCCUGAAGGAGGCGCGGGCCAAGCCGAGCGGGAACAUCAGCACCCCCCUGCAGCGUGCCGAGCCCUUCGUUGUCUUCCAGACCAAGGAGCUGCCUGUCCUCAACGUUUCCCUGGGGCCUUUCAGCACAGGCCUGGUCCUGCCCAAGGAGCAGCUCCAGCCUUCCAGCACCCUGGAGAUCCCUGACCGCCUCACUGUCAACUGGAAGGUGCGGGCCUACAUCAUCCAGCCCCGGGUGCUGGCCAGCCAACCUGUGGUCCAGGUCCUCUUCUACGUAGCUGGACGGGACUGGGAUGACUUUGACGUGACCGACCGGCUGCCCUGUGUCCGGCUCCAUGCUUUCCGGGACUCCCGUGAGAUCAAGAGCUCUUGCCGUCUGCGGGGCACCCUGGCCACUUGCCUUGUCCAGGCUGAGCUGCCCCAUGCAUGGUUUGGCCCCUCUGCCAUGCCUUUGGGCAGAAGGAAGGCUACGGAGGGCCUGGACUUGAACAGUGAGAGCCAGCAGGCUGAACUCUAUUACACAUUGCACACUCCUGACAGUGCUGGGGAGUGUGCAGGUGAGGCCUCCUUGCGCCGGGGCAGUGCUGCAGCCAGGACUGAAGGCCCUACUCAGCAUCCCUUGCUGCGCAUUGGCAGCAUCAGCCUUGUGCAGCCACCACCCACCCAGCUGAUGCAGGAACACCGGCUGGACAGCAACGUGUUCAUCCGGCUCCCAGACAAGCCCCUCAAGCCAGGCGAGGUACUCAGCAUCUUCCUCUACCUGAUGUCCAACUCAACCGUCGAGCACUUUACACUCAGGGUGAAGGCCAAGAAGGGCGUUAACCUCCUCAACACAAAAUCCAGGAACCUUCAGUGGCUGGUGAACUCGGAGUUGCUGACAGGUGGCAAGCACUCCACUGCCACUGUCGAUGUGGCCAAGAUAGAAGGUGCUCUGCCCAGGGAUGGAGACUCCUCCGACGAGAUCAUGCAGCUGGACUUUGAGAUGGAGAACUUCACCAGCCAGUCAGUGACACGACGCAUCAUGUGGCACAUUGACUAUCGGGGACGGAAUCCUCCGCCUGACCUGGAGAAGGUGGUGACAGAGCUGACGGUCAUCCAGAGGGACAUCCGAGCCAUUGUGCCUCUGGCCAUGGACACAGAAAUCAUCAACACAGCCAUUCUGACGGGCAGGACAGUGGCCAUCCCUGUGAAGGUCAUUGCCAUAGAGAUGACAGGUGUCAUCACAGAUGUCUCAGCCAUGGUCGAGUGCAAGUCCAACAAUGAAGACAUUAUCAAGGUAUCCAGCAGCUGUGACUACGUCUUUGUCAGCGGGAAGGAAUCACGUGGCUCCAUGAAUGCCAGGGUGACUUUCAACUAUGAACACCUCAGCGCCCUGCUGGAGAUGACUGUCUGGGUGCCCAAGCUCCCACUGCACAUCGAGCUCUCGGACGCCAGGCUGAGUCAAGUGAAAGGCUGGAGGGUCCCCAUCCUGCCAGACAGGAGGUCAGUGCGGGAGAGCGAUGAUGAGGAAGAAGAUGACCGGAAGCAGAACCGGGGCUGUACUCUCCAGUACCAGCACUCCACCCUGCAGGUCUUCACCCAGUUCCACACUACGUCCUCAGAGGGCACUGACCAGGUCAUCACUAUGCUGGGGCCCGACUGGCUGGUGGAAGUCACUGACCUGGUUAGUGACUUCAUGAAGGUAGAUGACACCCGGGUGGCGCAGAUGGUGGACAGUAGUACGCUGGCCGGGCGGGAGCCAGGUACCACACUCUUCAAGGUAGUAUCUCCCCUCAUGGAGGCUGUGCUGGGGGAAGCCCUGGUGACCGUGGCAGAUGAGAAGGUCAGCAUCACUGACCUGAAGGCACAGGUGGUGUCCAGCUUGUCUCUCUCCCUCCAUCCCAGUCCUGGCAACAGCCACACCAUCAUCGCGAAGACAACAGCCCAGCAAACCCUGAACUUCCUCAAGCAGGAAGCCUUGCUGAGCCUGUGGAUUUCCUACAGCGAUGACACCACGGCUCCUCUCUCCCUCUACGACCCCAAGGACUACAACCUGGUGGUGAGCAGCCUGGAUGAGAAGGUUGUGUCUGUGACCCAGGACCGGGCCUUCCCACUGGUGGUAGCGGAGGGUGAGGGUGCAGGAGACCUUCUGCGUGCUGAGCUUGUCAUCUGCGAGAGCUGCCAGAAAACCAAACGCAAGAGUGUGCUCUUCACAGCCCUGGCUGAUGUGCGGGUGCGCUUUGUCUCUGAGGAGGACCCCACCUAUGACUAUGGGGAUGCCGGCCAUGUACCCAGCAAGCCGGGCCUGUCAGGUAGGGAGGAGAAUGCAGCCAGCACCACCUUGCGGGCUGAGGUGGAGAGGAAGCCAAAGCCCAGUGAGGACAGUGGGGUCCCCAGUAUCCCCCACACCACUGAGGACUUCCCCACCAUCCCCACAGGCUUUGUACAGGUGACUCGGGGGCUGACAGACCUGGAGAUUGGUAUGUACGCCCUGUUAGGCGUCUUCUGCUUGGCCAUCUUGGUCUUCCUCAUCAACUGCAUCGUCUUUGUGCUGAAAUACCGGCACAAGCGCAUCCCCCCCGAGGGCCAGACCAAUAUGGACCACUCCCACCACUGGGUCUUCCUGGGCAAUGGGCAGCCCCUGCGGGCCCAGAAUGACCUUUCCCCUCAGCCCGAGAGCCCUGGCAACCCUCUGGAGAAUGUCCAGACCUGCUGCCAUGCAGACCACCACAGCAGUGGCAGCUCUCAAACCAGUGUACAGAGCCAGGUGCAUGGCCGAGGGGAUGGCUCCUCAGGGGGCUCCACCAGGGACCAGAGUGAGGACCCACUCAAUUCACCCACCUCCAAGCGGAAGCGGGUGAAGUUCACCACCUUUGCCACUCUGCCCUCUGAGGAACUGGCCUACAAUUCCAUCCCCAUCGCUGAUGAGGAGGAUAUUGAGUGGGUAUGCCAGGACAUGGGGCUUCAGGACCCCGAGGAGCUGCACAGCUACAUUCGCAGAAUCAAAGAGAUUGCUUAACAGGCUGCCAUGCUACACUCUGCCACACCACACCACCCCGGCUGCUUCCUGCGGGACAUGGACUGAGCCUGCCACUGGCCUUGGGUUCUGAUUUGUAGUCUCUUGAGCGCUCUCUCACAUAGGGCUCCAAGCUGCCCACCCCAGCAUCCUCUCCACCCCCUCCAGAGCCCCCUGCCCCCUCUGGCCCCAUUCCAAAAAAUACUGAUCUCUUCUGGAGCAUUUUUUAUGUUUAUUUUUUAAAGGAAAAGUGUCGACCAAGCCAAGUGGAGGGACCCUGGGGGUGGGGAAGGGGAGGGGAGGUGAUGCCCAGAGGUGGUCUCUGAUUUCUGCCCAAAGUGCCGAGGUGCCUGCUAGCUGCUUGUGCGAAUGCCUUUUGGAAGCAAGGCAACAUCAUAAAGGAGAGCUGGUGGCAGGCCAGUCAGUGGUGUUGGGGGCAGCUGGAGCUCAGGUGGAAGAAAAUGCUGGUGCCACCAUCUGUCAGAGCCAUGUGGGAAGGCAAAGGAGCUAGAAGCGGACAGGAGAACAGCCGCUGGUGGGGGUGGGGGCUCAGAACCCAGGUGCUAUUGCCUGGUAUGGAGGUGACCAUCCACUCAACUGCUCACUCCAAUGUGCCUAUGUCCCCAGUGCCCUGCUCCUGCUAUUGAACCCUGUAUGAGCUGCAUGGCUUCCAGCCCUGUGGCUCUCUGAAGAAGUGGUGGGGGCUCCCACUUCAUGGCUUGCUGAAUGGACAGCACGGCCUUGUGCCGAUGGCUCUCUGAAGGAACAGCGUGGCUUCCCACUCCGUGGCCUCCUGCACUGCGCCUCUGACCAAGCUCCAAAAGACAAACACAGUUUUUCUGCUUUACUUUGUUGCACAAUAACAUUGGUUACACAUACAUUCAGGGAUUCUCCUUUGGGUCCAGCGUGCCCUGGUGCCACAGGAUGCUCUCAGAAUGCUGGCAGGAGGAAAAGGCCAGGAAGGGUGCGUGGACCCAAGCUAAGAACCUGGGACUUUCUGGAUGUUGGGAGUCCACUGGAAAGCUUUAGCUAUGCAGUGCAGCUUUGGCCAGGAGUGUGGCCUGUCCAGCCUGAGGUACACACUGCUGUCACUACACAUAGAAUGUGAGGAGGGCCUGCAACUGCUCCCCCUUGCUAUUCAGAACCAGAGGAGAAGAGUGUUCAUGUCCACUUCACAGCUUUGUCAUCCAUUUGGGCUCCCCCCUCCCUUUGCUGCAUAGGGACAUGAAAGCUGUGUGCCCUCUGCAUAGCAUCGCUUCUGGAAGCCGUAGAGCAGCCUUAGGGAGAGAAGGUGGAGGGGGGGAAUGCUUUAGGGCUCUAAGACCAACAAGAAGGCUGUUGAGAUGCUUGGAGAGCCAAAGUUGAAGCUCUCCUCUGCAAAAGUAUCUUGCUGCUUUCCUGAGACCCAGCCUGCUGCUGCUCCCUGGGGGCUCCAUGCACACCCCACACUCCCCAACCCUCUCAGCAAUUUCACAUAGUCUGUGGGGUCCACACAGGCACCUUACAUUAAUCAAAGCACAUGCAGAAAUGGCCUAAAUUGUUACUGGGACACUCCAGCCAGCAGGUCAGCCUUCCCGUUUGGCCUCUCUGGGAGAUCAUGGCUGCCAUGGAUGGGUGUGUAACAGAGGAGAGUGGAUCCCUUGGAUCUCUCAAGAAGCAGCUUUACCUGGAAGUCACAGGACCAGCCUGCUGGUUGGUGCUGUGGGUUUGGCUUUCAAGCCUGCCACUGACUCUCCCUGCCAGCUUGGGCAUGUUGUCUACCCUUCAGUGCUUCAGUUCCCACCUCUCUGGCAUCUUCUUUGGAUCCCAUCCCCCCAUGCUCAUGCACAGGCUGUGGGGGAUGGAGCUGCCCAUUUCUCUGGCUUCUGCUUGGAGACCCAAAGUGACAGUCUGACAUCUGAACCAACAACUUGCUGCUCAGUGUCCCUGAAGGUCCCAGUUACAUUCAACCCCAGUCCCUUGGCAUUUCCUAAUCCCAGUGGUUCCCAUGCAGGCACCUUGCAUCAAUCAAAGCACAUGUGGAAAUUGCCUCCUGGCCAUUGAAGGCUCCAUCACCCACUUGGCCAAGCAUGAUUCCCAGUUACAGCCCAGUACAGCCUCCCAGAGCCAGGCAUGCCACAGGCACAGCUCCCCCAGUACCAGCCCACUGGGGAGCCUCAGAGCCAGACCUGACUAGAUAUUGCUGCAUCUCACAGUGCCAUGGUCUUUGAGUGGUCUUGUCUAUGCUUUAUGACCAUGCUUCCCAACCCCCACCCCCUGCCCUUUGCAGGCUCAGUCUGAUGCCUGAUACUCUCUCAGGACCCCUGGCUCGGGGCCAAUAGCACUUUCCAAUCUCCGAUUCCCAGGACCCUAACAUAGGAGUGGGAGGAGAAGGCCCAGCUCAAAUCACCCUGCAAGCUCCACUACACCCUCACCACUGCUGCCUAGUUCCCCUAUCAUGCACAUUCAAGGGCUGGAGAUGGCUGUUGCCAGGCCCAAUCUACUGCUCAUAGCGCACAGUACACACAGACACUGAAUAGCAGGAGGGGCAGUGGGAGGGCACAGUGGCUUGUGCCAAGGAGCUGGCGUUGUAUUAUUUCUUGAUUGGAAUUUACCCACCACUGUGUCUAAGUUUUCUUAAAUAAAUAAAAGAGAAUAGAAAAAGAAGGCA